GUGGGUAUAAAAGCUUAAGCACAUGUUGCAAAAUUUUUGCUUUUUCAAAGUUAUUUCCUACUUUUAAUUUUUGGAACCUUGCUUGUCUUGAACCCAAUGCAAUUUAUAUUGCUCGUCUCCCUGUGAAGAAAUCAUUUGUGGAGAAGCCAAAGAUGACAAGAUGGCGGAUACAUUCACAAACAUUUGCUCCGUUGGGCAGCAAGCGGGCUCGGUUGGUGGCCCUGUCCAAAGGUCGACGAAAGCUGAGCAGUUUUAUGGAAAGAUGAAAGUUUUCAAUGAUCAGAUCCGAAGAAUUAUUGACCAUGAUGAAAGAAUGCCUUCUGGAACUGAUGUAUCAAAUGUAUUGAAAUACUUUCAGCAUACUCUGCUUGGAUGGAUAAAAGAAAGUCAAAAUUACUUUGAUGAAGACUCAAGGCAAUUUAGCAGGCUUGAGCAUCCAUCUGUUGACUAUGAUGUGUUGUGUGCAAUGCUGUUGCAAUCACUCAAGGAAGCAAAAGAAAUAGCUGUCGAAAAACAAGUUUAUGUUGAAGCCAUUUUGACUACGCUAGCAUGCUUGGUGCCAUUUUUAUCACAUAAUGAGCUACUUGGCUUACCCACAAAGAUCUCAUCUGCAAUAAAAGGCAUACCGAUUUCGUGUCAUCCGAAAGCUGUCUCCCUAAUUUGCGGAUACCUGUUACCUCUUCUUUUAGGUGCAGUGCCUACAGAUGGCAGUAAAGAGCGUAGCAAAGUCAGUUUGUCCUCACCAGGUCUUCUUCUAACAAUUUUCCAGUCGUGCACAGAUCAGUCGUUAUUUCUAAGAAUAGUCGAGACUCUGAUGGCCUACAAGAAGAACGUCUGUGGUGAUUUAUUGUAUGUAAUGGCAUAUGGCACACAGGAAGUAUUGGAGCCGGCAAUUCACAUGCUCAAUAGAUAUUUUCCAGCUGUUGAAAUCGGUACGGUAAUGGAAUACAGAUCGGUUAAAGAAGAUGAGCUCGUUUUGCAGAGGUGUGAAAAUCAGUCAUGCGCUGAAAACAACAGUGAGGGGUUCAUUCGUACUGCUGAGCUGGUUUGCCUCGACCCUUCGAUAUGUUCCUCGGUGCUGGGAUGCUCACCGCCUAUUUUUUUGUGUACAUCAUGCGCUGAAUUGUUGAACAGCAAGUGCAGUUCAUUAUUCGUCGAAGUUGUGCGUUCAAUUGGUAAUAUCUCAGAUUUAUGUGAAAAUCAAGAUUGCCAAUCGAAACCAAAGGCUGGCAAGCAUUUCUGCUUCUCGUCGGAGUGCACGCGUAGAAACAAAAGGAAACCAAUGCGAAUUUGCAACACAUGCAACGAAAGCUUGCAUGCAAAAGGCAGCCCUUUCGAGGAUCAUACUGUCCAUAGCAGUUUGACAAAUCUUUGGUCGAUGACUAAGCCUACUCAGACAUAUUUGCUUGAUACCGUGUCACGAUUGCUGAAACAGGUGCAUCCGCCAUUCGGCCAAAGAUGUGUUGAGAUGGGAAUUGACCUUGAAACUAUAUCAUCUCUGACAUUAUCUGACAAGAGAGACGCAAACUAUUACAAAAAAAUAACCCGAAGCCUGCAUGGUCUGAGUUUGCUGAAGGCCUUGUCUCCCAUACCACCUACAAUUUAUAGUUACGAGCAGAUCAAUCGGCUGUUAUCAAUGUUGUUUGCAUGGCUGGAGACGGUCGCUUCCAAGGCGCACAUUCACGUGAAGAUCGUAGAGAUCGUGGAACGGUAUCAAGCCCAGGCUAUUGAAUGGAUUCAAAAGGUUGAGAGUUAUGACUUUCACCUCUACUGCGACUGUUUGCUGCCUGUGCCGCCUGUUGAAGCGAGGAUUGGCCUCGCUUGGGAAUCUCUCAUGAGCGAAAAUCGCCAGCUUCUAGAAGGAUUGCAAAGAAUUUCAACACUCGCGAAAUUCGGUCUUUUGCCUGAAAAGGUGUGGGAGAGGGUUCUACCUGAUUGGAUACAAGAGAUUAAAGAAAAGGUCUCUCCUGAUGAGCUAAUAAAGUACAAAGCUAUUUUAAAGAGGCUUUUUGAUAUCAAAUCUGAGGUUAGGCCAUCGUACUCACUCAAUUUUAUUGACAGAAAACUUCAGAAUAUUUCCAAUAGCCAAAGACAAGAAAGUCUAGCAUGGCUGCAGGUGCUCUCUGCUGUAGAUGUCUGCCUUGAUGUGGGCACACUAAUUUCCAUGUUCAUUGACGCUGCAAAGCAGGCAGAACGUUCAGAGGACGAGGAAACACAGACCAUGUUCCAAUUUCCCGACCCACAGUCUUACAGCGACGUUCCUCUGUCACCUGCGCGGUCUUCUACCUCUCCAGGGUCUUCCCCGUUUGUAUUUCCAUCAGUCAGUGUAUUGGAUAGUGGUGUCACAUACUAUAUCCUGAUGAUGGAUAUUCUCAUAAAACAGAUAUCAUUGCGGAAAACCAGCAACAGUAUACAGUUGAACACCCAGGAAUCGUUCUCUCUUGCCAAGUUGCUAGUAUCCAUUGUCCAUAACCAGAAGGAUGCUCAGCGAUGCUUGCAUUCAGGACAAACUGCGUGCCAGUAUUGUCAAUUGAAGGGAAUCUUCUAUUACCAAAUCACAAUUUUACUUGACUUUGUUCUACCCACGUACACUGAUGUUGAAUUAAAGUCAAAAAUUGACAAAACUAGCAAGUCAGUUCGAUCAGAAUCCUUGAAAUCCUCCAUACGCUCACACGUAUCUAGUAACGCAAGUUUUGCAGAGACCCGUUCCGUCCAAAGAACUGAAUCAGCUGACAGCGAUCAGGACUUUGACGAAGCAGCCGCCAGCUUCACUGGUUACGUCAGCAGUGCCGGUGUCGAUGAAUCAGACAGCGAACUUUCUGCUAUUGCUUCGGUUACUUCCGAAGACAGUGAACAGGACAGUCUCAUCGCAUGGAGGAACAAGAUCAAAGGCAUAUCAGAAGGCUCUAUUUUGUAUUCAAGGGGGAAUUCUAUUGGCGCAGAGCAAAGCAAUUGGUCCCUUAUUUACAGGGACAACCCAGAUAUUGAAAUCACCGUUCUCCUGUUGCAGCACCUUCUCAAGCACACAGACCCAAUCGUGCUAGGUCAUGUUUUGAAGUGCAUCAGCAUGACAUGUAUUCGUGGUGAAUGUCUUCGCGUAUCGGCAAGAGAGGACAUGGAUCUAACCCAUUACCUACAGACUGUCCUUUUUAUUCCCAGUUUAUGGGAAAUGCUGCAAUCGAACAACUCCUGCCUCGCUCAGCAAGCAGUACCACUUCUUCUUCAUUGCAUCUGCAUGCCGUAUGGAGCAGCAAGACUUUGUGAUGAAAUCGAGAGUGUUUUUAAUAAUGAAGACUGGAUUAAGCGCUUUUCUGCAGUUGAGAAAGUUUCGCUGCUGUGCGACUUUAUCGAUGUUGAUAGAAUCCGCGACUCGUCUUUGGCCAAGUCUACACUGGUGCAUGCGUUGAUCUAUCUGAUAUCUGCGAUUGAUGACGUCAAUGAUGCUGUUGCAACCAAGGCUAGGGCGCUUGUGGCUUCAAUUAACAGAUCAUCACUAUUGCAUCUGUAUUGCUAUAUGGAAGAGCACUUCAGAGAUGAAAGUGAGGAUCGUCUGGCGCUCUUAUAUUCUUGGAGAACACUGAGCUUGAUAGUUGAGGACAGCUCUCCGUUUUCUGCAAAGUUUUUCACGAGUCUUUUGGUCUAUGUAAUUACAAAGGCUAAAACAUCUGCAGUAAGCUCCAGCCGUGGCAGCUCCUUUUCAAGCACGGUAUCAGAUGAGAUGUUUCUAGCAAAUUCGCACAUGCCAAUGUGGUCAAGAGCUUUGUCAAGCCCGGGACGUGCCACCGGCAUUGCUAACUGGGUCAGCAGUGGCAGCAUGGUCCCUAACAGGCCUCGCUCUGCCUCAGCUCCGUUUGUUCUUUACAAGCAAAAGUUCACCCUCCAGUUCGAUCGACAAUCGUCUCUUCUUUCUCAAAUGAUGGACGAAGCAACAGCUGAGGAUGAAAGUACGAACUCCCGUCGGCGACGAAGGCAAUGGUCUCCAACCAACGACCCAUUCAGCAGAGGUCAUCAGGACCCAUCUUUGACGAACGGUUAUGGUGAAACGUUUCGCGAAGAGGACGAAGAGGGAGGGACAAGGAAAAGAAAAGAAUCUGCUGAAUCAAGUGGGACCUCGAGCAGUAAAUCAUCGUAUUUACAGCAAAUUGACAAUGUGGUGCUUCACUAUCUUGUUACGCUAUCGAUGGAGCAUUUUUCAAAUGCAAAAGCCGUCAAUCAGCAGACUUGCUCGGUUGAAGAUAUAAGUGAAUUUAAGACAAUGAUAGUGAGAUGUUUAAUUGUAUUGACAGCUGCUAGCGAUGACCAAGAGCCGGUUUUUAAAGCAUCUGAACUCAGGAGCUGUCCUGUUUUCAUGGCUUUAAUGAUGAAUGUCACGGCAGUGCUUGACUCCAAUCCAUACGCAGGCAAGGAGCUCUUACCUUUUGUGCUGAACCUUAUGCGACGCUGCAUCGCUGACCCUAACAACGAAAGUUCGCCCCCUGAUACACAGCUUGAUGUCCUAGAUCCUUUGUUACAACACUGUUGGCUAAUGAACCUCAUUAUCACACUUUAUAAGUAUAAAUUUGGAGAAUUGAAGUCGGCAUUGAUGCCUUUGAUUUCUUUCGUCAUAAACACAAUAAACUCACACGAGCAUUACCUUUGCAUCGAGGCACGAAGAGUAGAUUUGAAUGUGAAGCGAGACGGGAACAAGUCAUUUCCUAGACGGGUCAGACCUAGAAAGGGUUCCAGGGCUCCAUUUGGUACAGCAAAAAUGCGAAUGAAAUUAGGCAAAAUCUCUAGCCCAAAGGUUUUUGAAGAAGAAAAUACCAAGAAUAUGAAUGAGGAUCAAGUUGAAAUGACAAGACUUGAUUCGAAAAUUGAUGCAAAAAGAGCAGAAACGUCUUUUGUCGAAUCUAGUUCGAGUGGAUCGCCGAUGUCACAAGAAGGGCCUAUGACGAUAGGGGACAGCGAAUCCACUUCAUUAUGUGGCGAAGAGUUGACUUUGAUGGAUAUUGUCAACAGUCAGAAAUGUCCUGAUUGCCAAAGCUGCGUGAGAGACUAUGACCAAGAAACGGUUAAUUUAUGCAUUGUUGUCUUGUCGACUUUUAUUCAUCGUGAUCCAGAAAUGGCGGCACCGUUGCUAAUGGAGAUGCUUGGUGUUGUUAGCAGAAAGAUCCUAGCCAAUGGAACAUCAUUCAUAGAUGCUUGCAAUUCACAUAAACCUCGUUCAGCUGCAAGUCUUGCCAAGCAGUUCAUAAGAUGUGUUUUUGUCCAGCUAUCCCCAAACGGACUUUUCCCUGAGCUUAUUCGCUGUGAUAUAUUUGAUGAAGAUUUCUUUAAAGCCAUUACUGCUUCUCUCCUUGGUUUCGACAAACUCGAUGAAAUGAAGCCUCUCAAGAGUAUUUUACAGGAUUUCCCCUCGCGUUCAAACAGAGAAGAUCGUGUUGGCAUCCUUCUACAAAACCUGAAUGUUUAUCUUCAGUUUGUUCCCAAAGAUGACCUAAUCGCCUGGGAACACCUUUUGCAUGAUUUUGAAGGUUUCUUCAAAGCCUUGCUCCCUGUUUUGCCUGCACCGUUUGAGGCGAGCUCCUUGCUACAGAUAAUGAAGUGUCUUUUGAGUAUUGGUAAACACUACGCUAAGGGUCUUCUUCCAAGUUUUGGCAAUGUGCUGUCCCAUGUUGUAAGAAAAUGCGACUUUAAGAUCGACGUCUUACAAACACUGUGCUUGGCAUGUAAAUGUGCUUUUUCAAAGGAAAGAGAAAAGCACUUCCUGGCAAGGUCAAUUUUGCAAGACCUCUCCUUGACUUUAAAGAACAAAAUAUCAAUGCACGAGAGAAACGCCAAGAAGAUUAUGCAGCUUAUUUACCUUGAAGGGGACAGCUGGUUUUCUUUUGAACACGGAGACAGCGAAAUCAGAAGAAGUAUAGGCAAGCAAGACAUUGGUAUGAUCACAUGUAUACAAAGCUACCAGCCAGAACUCUUUGACUGCAUCAAGCAUUGGGAUUACAGGAUCAAAGAUAUCAAAGAGUUUGAUGAGGACUCCAUUGACGAAAAUUAUUUCCCAGUCCAACUAAAAGCUAGCUUGUCCCAAAUCAUCGCAAUGUUUUUGAAACGGGAUAAGUCGGCCAAAGUAUCUCAGAGGAUAUUGUCAUGGCUACGCAACCCUCCGUCGCAGCUAGGGCGAGUUGAAUUGAUCUUGGAUUCAGUUGCAAACCUGCGCUUCCUCUCAUGGCUGUUACUUGGAGCAAUCAAUCACGUGGUUGAUCACCCAAUGGCCCAUGACAUUUUCCACGUGAUUUCGCUUUCGGAGAACGGUUCUUUAACAGACUACAUAAAGAUUGUACUGCAAAGCAUCUUGCGAUAUGACAAUGAGAAGAAUUUCAGACUUUUGCGACCUGCACUUUAUGUUAUAUUUAUUACCUGCCAGUUAUGGACAAUUUAUUGCGAAUGCCACCUGAUUUUUCACAUGAACCCGGAGAGCGACCCGCUUAGCAAUAUAAUGGAAUUUUGGACACAGGUCACUUUUUGCAUGGUUCAACUUCUAAGUGCAAACGAUAAGUUAAUGCUUGAUAUGCUUCUCCCUUUCCUAAAAAUCACGGAUGGAGUUGCAAGUUGUGCUGGAUACUCUUUUCCAAGGCUAUCAACGUUGUGGUGCCCUCUUGUGCAGUACUACAAAAAUGAGAUUCCAGAAGACGUAUUCCUUCGUUUUAAGCAGCUUCAGACUUCUAGAGUGAAAUCGGAGGAUCCGAAAAACGAGCUUCAAGAUUUGGUGAGAUACACGCGAACGAGGCUGGCGAAACUAGAGAAAACUGGGAACAAGUUUGAUCAUGCAGUCGUCGUUUAGCCUCAGUUCAAUGAAGCAGUAACCUUGUACAUAAUAAUGUAAUUAUACAAAUUUAGUUUCAUGCCUUUAGAUUCGGCAGCAGCCUUUCAAGCCCUCCUCUAAAAUGCUGUGCCCAAAGAGAUAACUAGUAUUCAAUGGAAUCUAGCAUCCAGUCAUAUUUUCCAGAUAAAGUGUAGAAUUUACAAAUUCCAGAGCAGGUCAUUAGAGACUAUCCUAUCUUUAAGGUUGGUUCAUUUGCUAUCUUUCCUAGAUCUCUUUCUAUCGGAAGAUUUUUUGAAAGAGAAGUUUAAAGGCAGUUUCUGUUAAAAACAUGCGUUUUGUAGAUUUUAUAAAAUGAAAGAUUUUGAACAGUUAUCUUAUUACUGGUUUCAAGCAAAAGGGCACAAUAGAUAUUGUGGCCUUGAAAGUGUUAUGAAUGUGACAUAGGAUUUUGACCGACAUAUUUCCUCCGUAAAUUUUCCGCUUUAUUGGACACUGUUGGACACAUUUUUUGUUAAGAAGGGCUUUUAUCUUUGACUAAAAAUCUGCUUUUUAGACCUGUCUAAAAGGAUGGUAAAAUAGUUAUUUUAUAUUCUCAUUUUUUGCUGAAAGGAUGGGUUUUCGGGACUUUGUCCUUGUGUAAUUUUAAAUUGCGUUACUUUACAGUGUUUUAUAUUAUUUAGAAAUUGAAUUCAUAUCACUCACGAGCUUGUAAAUAAGUAAAUAUUAUUGUUUUUGUAUCGCUAUCAUGUAUUUUAUUGUAUCAUAUUAUAUCGUAUUGUAUUGUAUUUCAUUAUGUUGUGUUGUAUUGUAUACUGUUGCAUUGUAUUUAUCCUAUUGGCUCGCAUGGUAUUGCAAUUGCAAUACAGAACUGCCUUCAUUUUUAAAACAAUUGAAGCAAGACUUAAUUGUAUUCUGUAAUUACGAUGCUUUAUCUAACUUAUUUACAGCUAGGUGCGUCUUCUUCAAUUACCGACACUUUCUUCGAGACUUCUUCAGUGUCUUCACAAGAUACCCAGACUUUUUAAAUUGAUUCAGCUCUGGAAGUUGGUGUAAUCUUGUAUACGUUACAAGAAUUUGUAAAGCGUUUUCUAUACCUCCCAGCGUACGAUGAUUCCCGUUUUAUUGCUAGUAAAGAAAUCCCGUAGCAUGCCAACACAGUUUUCCUUUUUUCUCCCAGUAUGGAAUCAUUGCCUGGAGUCUUGCUACAAAUAUAUUUUCGAUAAACGUAAAUUCUAGAGCCGUACCUUAUAUAGCCUUCUCUUAGGCAUAUUAUACGCCGAAUUUCAUUGAUUAUAUCCUUCCCUCUGUCUGUACCCUUCUUCACGCCAGCAGUUUUCUUGCUACUCUUAUCGGAUCAGUGUCCUGCCUUCUUACUUUAUUUUCAAACCACAUAACCUUAACCUUCUUUUACUUUUUCUUCUCCAGCAAACCUUUUUCUUCUUUUUGAAUCUCUUCCCAUAGUCUCAAACGAGAGGUAUUCAGAUAUUUUUAUCAGCCUCUCUCAUACGCGUCUUAACUACAUUCUAUUAGUUCGUUUCCAGUCCAUUACUUUUCAGUCCUGUAUUUUCUAAGCUUGUAUGUUAUGUAUGUAUGUAUGUAUUUCUAAGCUAUCAUCGUUCCCUAAGAAUAAACCAUCUGAUGGCUUCCAUCUUUUAUGAUGGGUCUUAGAUUUUUAAUCAGCAUGCCAACCACCACAGCAAAUUGGACUGGGCUGACCCUUGCUGCAAUCAUAAAUUGAAUCUGACCAUUCUGUCUGGCACUCCUUUUUAUCAAGCAUCAAUAACAAUGCGUCCUUUAAAUCCAAGAAAAAGAUAUAGUUUUUGGCUGCCUUCUGAAGCUUUUUCUUUUAGUUGCCUUAAAACGAAAACAGUAUAAAAUGUACUCUUAGUUUUGAUAAACCCAAACUGUACCCUAUUAUUUUUUACAUCUUCCUAAGCCUCACAGCUAACAGUUUGUUUUUUCAAAGCUUAUUUGGUACGCAGGUUUAAAAUUAUCUUCAUAGUGUUUUCGUGAGAUACGCAGGACCAAACCUAGAACGAAAUUCCCCCUUUUAGCAAACAAUCUUCUUUAUUGUAAAUUUAUGUUAUAUUUAUUCUUAACCAAACAAUAGCUAAAACU